ACGCUCGCGUCACUCCCGGCCGUGCCAAACACGCCGUCACGACUGAUCUGGAAUAACAAGUGAAUUCUUCAAGCCACGCUUGCAGACAGUACGCCCGCUUUCGGCACUGGCCAGAUCUAGUGAUACUAGAGUUGAAGCGAGAAGCAUGGACUCCGACACGAGCCGAGUUUCCAGUCGACCCUCUUCUCCAGAAGGAGACGACCUGUUCCUGUCCGCCGUGAAGAAAUCGGUGGGCUUCUCCGGAGCCGUAUCCUCCACACAAAGCGACUCCCCGCCCGAAUUAGGCACCGACAUGCGGGGUCUCUCGAGCAGCGACGAGAGCGGGCUCGGGUUGAAGAUGUUCUCCAAGAAGGACCGAAAACUUUUGUCCGAGAGCGAGCUUCAGAGCAUACGCCUCAAGAUCAACAGCCGCGAGAGGAAGCGCAUGCACGACCUGAACAUUGCCAUGGACGGCCUUCGCGAAGUUAUGCCGUACGCGCACGGGCCCUCUGUCCGCAAACUCUCCAAGAUAGCGACGUUGCUUCUCGCGCGUAACUACAUCCUCAUGUUGAGCAAUUCUCUGGAGGAGAUGAAACGGCUUGUCAGCGAGAUCUACGGCGGUGGCAGCGGCAGUCAUCACGCGGGUUUCCACCCGUCUGCUUGUGGCACUCUGACGCACGCGGCAGCUCCGUUGCCCGGUCACCCCGCUGUGUCUCAUGCGUCCCAUCCGGUUCACCACCCGCUGCUCCCACCGGCCGUCUCCACCGCCGCUUCACUUACUGCGCCGGGUCUCUCAGCCGUGGCGUCGGUAAGACCACAUCACGGACUUCUAAAAGCACCCUCGGCCGGCGCGGGCCCUCUCGGUUCGGGUUUCCAGCACUGGGGCACGGGAAUGCCGUGUCCGUGCAGCAUGUGUCAGGUCCCGCCGCCUCACGUGUCGGGGAUGAGUUCUGUCAGCAUGCCACGGCUGGCAAGCGAUUCAAAAUGACUCGAACUUCUCACGAUGGGAAAAUGUACAUUUAGAGACGAUGAAUAAAAUCGGCGCUGGUGGUUUGGUACAGACUUGUAGCCUUCAUCGUAGUCAUCUGCUUUGUCUUCGGGAAAAAAAAUGGUUCGGUGAGGUCUGAGAGUACUGAUUAAAAGAUGAGCGGAUCGGUGAUACUAACAUAGAUUUUCUAAUAAGUUAGCUAAAGUAGAUAUUCCACGCGUAACCUUCUGUAUUAGGUUAUCAUGUUUGUGAACAUGGCGUAUAAACGUUUAGUAACUGUUCAGCGACGUCUCCAACAUUUCUUUUCUUCCUGUAAAUCUCCAGAAUUAGAAAAAAAGAGCAGUUCCGUUUGUUUCUUAUUGAAAGAGCAAACUUAAAAACAAAUCCCGAACAAUUGGUAAAAGUGUAACUAUGUAAAUAUGUAGAGCGUUUGUACAGUAUGACAGAUUUUAUAUUGGGUCUAGAAUUAAGCCAAGGUUGAGGUGAGCUUGGAAUUUGUUUACCAAGCGCUGUCAGUAACUGGAAUCGUAUUGCACCUGUUCGCCCCUCUUCUCUCUCUCUCUCUCUCUCUCUCUCUCUCUCUCUCUCUCUCUCUCUCUCGUUUCAUUUGUUUUGUUGUUUUUGUUUUUUUUACCAUGUCACUGACCGACGCAAUGAAUGAUCAUCUUUUAUUUUUUUAUAAAAGUGCGAAACGAUAUUUAUUUACUUAUUUUCGGCGGAAUUUUCACAUGAAUGAGAACUGUGUUGGAAUUGUAAAUGUAGUUAAAAUAAAAAGUUUAAAUGA